AUGUGGCCCUCGCUCGUCAAGAUCGGCAAGGAAGAAGGCUGGCGUGGGUAUUUCAAAGGCAAUGGCAUCAACGUCGUUCGGAUAGCGCCUUAUUCAGCUAUCCAAUUUUCGUCCUACGAGAUUGCCAAGAAACUGUUGUCAAGAUUCUCGUCGACGGGCGAGCUGACGACGCCGCUAAGACUGGGAGCGGGCGCGAUAGCGGGGAUCUGUUCGGUGGUGUCGACGUAUCCGUUAGAUCUAGUGCGGUCGCGGCUGAGCAUCAUCUCCGCGAGUAUCGGGACGCGGCGGCCGACUCGAGGAGGGGUCGAGGAGCGGGGGAUGGGGAUGAUCGGGAUGAGCAUGCACGUGUACAAGCACGAGGGCGGGCUGCGGGGCCUGUACCGGGGCCUAGUGCCGACAGUGAUCGGCGUGGCGCCCUACGUGGGCUCGAACUUCGCCGCCUACGAGCUCCUCAAAACCUACUUCUGCCCGCCCGUCUCCGGCAUCGCCGGCGCCCGCCAACAGCCCAGCGUGCUCCGCAAACUCGCCUGUGGCGCACUCGCCGGCGCCUUCUCCCAGACGAUCACCUACCCGCUCGACGUCCUCAGACGCAGGAUGCAGGUCACCGGCAUGGCGAGCAUGGGCUUCCAGUACAACGGCGCCUGGGACGCCACCCUCAAGAUCCUCAAGAAAGAGGGCCUCGCCGGCCUCUAUAAGGGCCUGUGGCCCAACUUCCUCAAGGUCCGUCUUCCCCUCUUCGUGUGCUCCCUCGAUCCUCUCGGCCUCCCAAAUCCGCUUAUCCUUCCAUUCUUCUUUCUUUCGUAUACACUGCCCUUUCGCACCCUCGCCGCUCCGCAGGUCGCCCCUAGCAUCGGCACUUCGUUUGUCACGUACGAAAUCGUCAGAGACUACUUGCUAUCUUAG